GCCUAUUUUAGGAGGGGAAGGCGAAGUCUGCGUCCGGUCACAAUAAAUACCUCCCCAUCCCUCUCACUGCGUUCCUUUUUCCGUCUCUCAAAACUCUCCUUUCGGUUGCCAUCGAUCGCAAGAUUCCCCUGCGAUUUCCGGCAGCUUAAGGAGAGUUAGCAAUGGAGCACAAUGAGUCUGGAUGCGAAGCCCCCAAACGUCCAAUUCUUUGCAUCAACAAAUGUGGUUUCUUCGGGACCGCUGCAAUGAUGAAUAUGUGCUCCAAGUGCCACAAGGAGAUGAUUCUGAAUCAGGAGCGGGAGAAGCUGGCACAAUCCUCCAUUGAAAGCAUCGUCAAUGGCAGUGGUAGCGGAAAGGAACCCAUCGUUUCAGACAAUGCCGAUGCACUUGUAGCUUCUGCUGAAGUAAAACCGCCUACAAUCCAAUCAUCUGAUGUUAUGGGAUCAAAUGAAGUUGGAGAAACAAAAACCAAGGAAGGUCCAAAGAGGUGUGCUUCCUGCAAGAAACGUGUCAGCCUGACUGGAUUCAGUUGCCGGUGCGGAAACUUUUUCUGUGCUGCCCACCGCUACUCAGACAAGCAUGACUGCUCGUUCGACUACCGAACGGCAGCUCAAAAUGCUAUCGCUAAAGCGAACCCCGUCAUCAAGAUGGAAAAGCUCGAUAAGAUCUAAGGACAUGCCCUGAAGGUCAAUCGUCUUGGUUCCAAUGAGAUCCACAUACAGUGCCUUUUCUCUCAAGAUGUCGGUGUCCUUUCUCGCUGUGAAUGGCUGUGGAGGUAUGGUGCAGUAGUGCAUCCUUGCAGCCUCGAAAACUCUUUUAUCUUUGGAAAAGGUUUGCAUGUUGCAUCUGGUGUGUAAGCUUUAACCUGUGCUCCCUUAGUGGACAAGUAUGUUCUCUCAAGUAUGGUUCAGUUAGUUAUGGAAGUCGCUUUCAUUCCUUA